AUGAAGUUCUUGUGUGCCCGAGCCCAAGAAACCGACGAACGAGGAAGUGGUGAUGUCGUGGCGGUCACGGACGCCAUGCAACGCCAUUUCCCAACGGGCAACCAAGCCAUUCAGAAGAACGAGCACUGGUCUUGUGCGGGGCUGAAGCAGACAGCCCGUGUGUCAAAUAGACGUUGGCUCGCUAGCCGAAGUAUUCAAAGCUAUGGGAGAGUGGGUUCAAGUCCCACGAGCUGGCGCGGUUCGAGUCCGUUUAUCGAGCGUCCCAGCUCGUCCCUAUCAGCCAAUCUCAAGCUACCGGACACGGCGAUGAAAAAGAGUCUUCUGUUAUUUCCGACCCUGUCCCCUUACCGACUCCAGUUCAUGUGAGCGCCUCCGUGACUCUAGUCAAGCUGCGCUCACGUACGAAGACCUGGCCAAGCAGUGCAUGACGAAGUUGAUUAGCGAGCCCCGGACUUGCGAGGAACAGGCCAUCUGCUCGAACAUCCUCUUAAUCUUGUGUGAUCUCUGAAUUCGCUACACGUCGCUCGUGAACGCGUAUGUUCUGGCUAUUGCGCUGUCGCGGUUGGACAAAAGUAGCUUGUUACAAGCACACCGUGCUACUCGAUUACCAUGGAUGCGACUACGAAAUCCAAGACGAAGAGGACAGCAUCACAGAAGUUCUGGCAGAGGUGCUGGCACGGCGCGAAGGACCCGAUGUCGUUGGAGGAGCGCGGACGAGAAUGAUACUCGAGACUCAACGAAAUCAUUGAAACCAAGUCAUUCUUUUUACGGUAAUUACGUCCCGCUGUCUCUAAAAAGGCUUAUUAUAAAAGAGGCUCGUUGAAAAAAGGUGUAAAACA